AUGGAAGGCGAAGUGCCCUACUUCACAAACGCAGACGAAGGCUACGUGCCGGCCAAGCUGGCUGAGCGCAGCUCCAAGGCGCAACCAUUGAAGUUGUUGCAGUUCGUGGUGCGCCAUGUGAUUCCGGACACGCUGCACUUCCUUCUGCAGCUGAUCCCACUGAUUGUGCAGGCAGUGGUCGGGUUGGUGUUGCCGGCAAAAAAGAAGUCGAUCCGCGGUCAAACGGCUCUAGUGACCGGCGGUGCGAACGGUCUCGGUCGGGCGCUUUGCCUUCGACUAGCUCGCGAAGGCUGCCAUGUGGCCGUCGUCGACAUCGAUCUGCCGGGUGCGCAGAGGACGGCGGCGGAUGUGCGCCAGCUUGGCGUGAAGUCGGAAGCGUUCCUGGCGGACAUCGCCAGCAGCGAGGAGGUGGACCGGUUGCGGGUUGCAGUCGAGACCAAGCUAGGCCCCGUCGACGUGCUGGUCAAUAAUGCUGGUCUGCUGGCGGUACUGUCGCUCAGCGGAGGCAACGCCGCCGACCUCGAGCGGAUUAUCAACGUGAACCUGCUUUCGCAUUUUUGGACAAUUCGCUCAUUUUUACCCGGCAUGACCGAUCGACACCGUGGACACAUCGUGGGGAUUGCUUCGAUAGCGGCCUACUUUCCGGUGGGACGCUUCAUUCCAUACACCGUGACUAAGUAUGCCGUCCGCGCACUAAUGGAGGCGCUAAACAGCGAGCUUCGGAUGGACGGACUUGACCACGAGCUGCACACAACCUGCGUCUAUCCGUCGUUGAUAGCCACGCGCCAACAGUUUAUGGAGAUGUUGGACAGUUUAAACUUCCUCAAGCGGUUCUAUGUGUUCACACCGGAGCAGGUUGCCGAGCAGAUUGUCACCGGCGUCCUGGCCAACAAGCGGGAAGUGUUCGUGCCAAACAUUUUGGCUCUAUUUUGCAAGCAGUUCGAAUGUCUACCGUCUGGCCUGCGGCACUUGCUGGUGCGCUGCGUAAUGCGAGGGAAAAUACCGAAGCUAAUGUCGGCCCAAGAAAAUGGCUCCAAACAACCUUGAAGGCGUCAAUGAUGGCGCUCCAUGAGCUACUCUUUCCCUCACGCUGGGUGACCGGCGCAUACAUCUUUACCACAAUUACCUGAAGCGAGCCAAACGGUCCAACCCAAAGCAGAACCCAAAGCAUGUUUGCGCAACAACCAUCCCAAGUGAUCCAAACUCCAAAGAUGUUCAA